AUGUACGAAAUGAAAGUGAAAAGAAGAGCGAAAGUUAAUCCAAAUAUUAUCUUCAGAGACUCUUUUAAUUUAAUUCCAACUUCUUUGGCAUCAUUGGUCCCUACAUUUGGCCUUGAAGUUGAGGAUAAGCCAUUUUUUCCUCAUUUGGCAAACAAACCAGAAAAUUACGGAAAAAAUAUUUAUCCCACUCCUGAAGAUUAUAUUGCCGAUGGCAUGAUGGUCGAUAAGAGAAAAAAAUUUAAUGCAUGGUAUGAUCAGAACAAAACAGUACCCUUUUUAUUAGAUGAAGCUCUUGCUUCUUAUUGUACGAAUGAUGUAGAAAUUUUGACUGCAGCUCUUAUAGCGUUUCAAAAAGAAUUCUUUGAAGUUUCAAGACGAGAAGUUGAAGGAAGUGGAAUUGAUGUUUUGAAGGAAUCAAUGACUAUAGCAAGUGCAUGCAUGCGCCACUUCAGAAUGAACCAUUUGAAGGAAGACCAUUUGGCCAUUGUCCCUGAAAGAGGUUAUGAGAAGAAGGAUAAUCAAAGUUUAUUGGCAUUAAAAUUUCUUCAAUGGUAUGCUGAAAAAAAUGGAGUUCAAAUUCAAACAGCGUCAAAUGGAGGAGAGAAACAGGUUGGAAAUUUUAAACUCGACGGUUACAUUGAAGAGAAAAAAUUAGCCAUUGAAGUGAAUGGAUGCGUCUGGCACGCAUGUCCAAAGUGUUAUCCCGAAGAUAUUACAUUAAUGCCAAAUGGAAAGACUGCCGGAAAAUUAAGAGAGCAUGGAAAGGAACGUAUUGAAUAUAUUGAAGGUCAGGGAAUAGAAGUAAAGAUAUUCUGGGAAUUUCGAUGAGUACUUAGAUGAUGGACCUUUGGAUAUUCGUGCUUCGUUCUUCGGUGGAAGAACUGGUCCUCUAAAAUUAUAUCAUGAAGCAAAAUUUGGAGAAAAAAUUUCAUAUUUCGACGUAACUUCGCUUUAUCCCUAUAUUAAUUGUACAACAAAAUAUCCAGUCGGACAUCCAAAAAUC